AUGGAAUAUCCUUUUAUGAUCCAGAUGCUUGGUACAGCAUGUCAUGUAUCUGAUACAAAACAAGAACCAACAGCCAACAUGUCUAGCAAACGGGCAAAGACGAAGACCACCAAGAAGCGCCCUCAGCGUGCCACUUCCAAUGUAUUUGCAAUGUUCGAUCAGUCACAGAUUCAGGAAUUCAAGGAGGCCUUCAACAUGAUCGACCAGAACAGGGAUGGCUUCAUUGACAAAGAGGACUUGCACGAUAUGCUCGCCUCCCUUGGAAAGAAUCCAACGGAUGAAUACCUAGAUGCCAUGAUGAAUGAGGCUCCAGGCCCCAUAAACUUCACGAUGUUCCUCACAAUGUUUGGUGAGAAGUUAAAUGGCACCGAUCCGGAAGAUGUCAUCAGGAAUGCUUUUGCUUGCUUUGAUGAAGAAGCAACAGGGUUCAUUCAGGAAGACUACCUGCGAGAGCUGCUGACGACCAUGGGAGACAGGUUCACCGACGAAGAGGUGGAUGAGCUGUACAGAGAGGCACCCAUCGACAAAAAGGGGAAUUUCAACUACAUUGAAUUCACGCGCAUCCUGAAACAUGGAGCAAAAGACAAGGAUGACUGAGAAACACCCGGGUGUCCGCGAGAUGGCCCCCCCCCCCCCCAUUAAUUUUAUUUCUCAGGAUCUGUUUUUUCUUUUUUUCUCAUUGGGACCUUUUGCAUACAUUUUCAGCAUUCCAGCUUUUUUCUCUGUGGACUGCUCAGGCACACCUGCACCUUUGCGAUAAGACUGGGAAUGGGCAGGGAGAGAGGACAGCUUACCGUGAGAGAGGUUUAGGGACAAAGAUCCAUGAGUGUGGAGGCCCAGGUAAAAAUGUCAGUGCUACUCAUCCUAGCUA